GUAACACACCACGGCAUGAGAUUUUGGCCAAGGAGCUCUUGCUCUCCUACUUAGCCAGCGUCAAGUUUCGGUCUCUCUCAUUCUGUGGUUCUCGGCCAUUGACCAUUGCCCAUUGGAAAAUCGCGAUUCCCACUUUCCAAUCGCAAUGUCCAGCGCAAGCCACCAUCAUCUCCUCCGGCUGGCCCUCUCAUGCCGAAAAAUCACGGCUCAGGUGACGAGCCCUGCGUCCUCCUCGAUCGUAGCUAUGGCUUCCUCCACCGAGCAGGAGUUCGUCUCCCACUACCGCGCCAAGCUCAACCGCUACCCCCGUUCACACAACUUCUGGGACGCCAAGAUCGCCUCCCGUGUCGGAGAGAAGCUAGCCUUCCGUCUCAAAGAAAUCGGCGUCACAGCCGUGCAGAUCGAUCUUCGCGAGGAACUUUCCCGCCCCGCCCACUACCGCCUCAUGAUUUCGCCCUUAUACGAUUCAGUCCGCCGUGCCGGUGUCGCCGUUGACGGAUCCGAAAAUCUUGGGGUCGGCGGCGCACAGAUUUGUAUUGACUCUGAUUAAUUAACAGAUGUGAUAAUAAUUUUUUUAUCUCAAGAAUUUUCCUGUAAUUUUUUACUGUGUAUUUUUUUUUUUAAAUUCUAUAAUUAUGAGGGAAUACAAAUAUCCAUAUUCAAUAUGAA